AUGGGGUCACGCAGAUUGCAGAGAUGGUCCCCUCUUCCCUCCUCCUCUCCAGAGCUCAGUGCACCGCGAGAUUGUACAUCACAUGCACCGGUUAUCAUUGAUGCCAUUUCGACAUCAUCCCCUCGGCUAUUAUUCCUCCGUCAUUCAUUUGUGCAAGACUGCUUGUGUGCGCCUGACUGGCCUCCUCAUCUCCGCUGGACGCAGCAUGUAUGCGGAGCUAAAUCUGAGUGGGCUGACUUUGUUUAUCCACGGCCUUGGACAAGCCUGUUGGCCUUUAAAUAUGCCUGUUAUCCCAAAGCUUUGGCUCAGCGAAUGUUGAUGCCGAGGGGUAUCGAAGCGAUUGAGGCUGACUCCAACGCAUGCCUCUGCCCAUUUGUCACAUUAGGCCGCCUAAUUCACAGAUUUGACAUUUCCGCAUUUGCACGGGUAUAA